AUGUCUGACACCGGCGAUGAAAGUUUCGAUGCUGAAACUGUUCUUAUUAUUCUCAGUUCCUGUUUGUGGGUCGGGGCUGGAUCGCCAAAGUAUUCUCAUCUACGAACGCUCGCAGUUAUGAAGAGAUACGUCGCCUUCUUCGAGGCAGCUAAUUACACUUUCACCCCCCAAGACUUAACGAAAAACUUCGGAACUAGGCCUUCUGAUGCGCCCCUUUUUAUCGAAAGAAUGGGCGGUGAAGAUAAUAUGAUCCAAAUUUUGCUCUCCAUUGUCGACGUUGAAGCCUACCUACCUCACCCCAGGAACGACGGUAUCGUUUUACCGUUGUUCAUUGCUUUAACAGCCAUGACGACCAUUGCAGUUGCCCUACGGAUGUGGUCAAGAUAUAAAGUAGCAGGCUCCAUUCAAUCAUUCGACUAUUUGACAGGAGCAGCCUAUUUGAUGACCGUCGCCUGGGGUGGGAUAGCAGUUUACCAUAGUAAUUCUAAUGGCGUCUGGGCGGCUUUUUGGGAUAUGUCCUGGGACACUCUCCGCGAAAAUUAUCGGAUUACAUUCAUUCUCAACGUGUUGUACCCAUGGGCUAUGUUGCUGAUCAAGGUCUCGCUCUGUUUAUUUUACUACCAAAUGACAGCCAUGACCUGGAUCCGCUGGGGGUGCUUGGCAACGGGUUUCAUUACAUUCGCCAACACAAUCGCAGGAUUCUUCGUCCCGAUCUUUUCGUGCAGGCCAACGAACUACUGGGAUCAUUUGUUUGAGUCCCCCUGCAGCAAGGUAGAUCGACGAGCAGCUUCAAUCGCCGUUGGCGCCAUAUACAUCCUCACCGAUGUCGCGACAUGGGCUUUGCCAAUGCCUUUGAUAUUCCAGUUGAAACUGAGCACGAAACAACGCAUUUUGGCCUUCUGCACGUUUGGCAUUGGUGCUGUUGCAUGCGUCGCUAGCGGUUUUCGACUUGACGCUGUUAUCAAAUUUACGAAAUAUAGUUCACAAAGUAGCUCGACCCUGUUGAUUGACGCGUGGACAAUCAUCGAGAUGAACAUUGCGCUCUUGUGCGCUUGCGCUCCAGCAGUGAGGGCACUGGUUAUGUACUAUGUCCCCAAACUAUUCCCCAACUUCGGAGCAGCCCCUACGAAGAAUUCCACACAAGACACGAAAGCCACCGACACCACGAAAUCACAGCCUGCCACAAAAGUUACAGCAACAAAUGGGACUGAGAAAUCGUAG